AUGGAUAAAAACCAACUUCUUGAACGUAUCAAAGAAGACUUCACAAAAGAAUUAUUACUUGCUGUUGUUCUUGAAAGUGCUUCUAAAUUAUAUACAGACAAGGGAGUCAAAGAUCCAAAGGAAUUUGCCACAACUAUUGGAAUCGCAACAGCUGGAUCAUUAGCUGAUCACAUAGCAACCGAUUUAUCUAAUUUCGGUGUCUUAAAUCUUAUUGGUGGUAACACAUUAUCUGAAAAAUACCUCUCAACUCUUAUUUCAAAUACAAUUGGCUUUGGAGUUGCUACAGGUGUUUCUUAUGCAUUCGGAGAGAAAUUCACCAACAAAGAACUUGCUUCAAAAUACGGAAAGCGCAUGUUAAUGUCUUCUAUAGUCUUUACCAUUUCUAAUUACGAGGAAAUUCGUCAAAUUGUAGUGAAGAAGUAUCCUUCCCUCAGAAAGUAUCUUCCAGCACCAAAAAACUAG